AGACAUAGUGGGGAGGGUUCUGCUAUAGUCAUACCCAAUAUACAAGCAUGCAACUGCAAACUGUUAAAUGCUGUUACAUGAAGUUACAUGGUUCCACAGUUUGCUAUCUCUCUCUCUCCAUCUCUCUCUCUCUCUCUCUCUCUCUCUCUCUCUCUCUCUCUCUCACCUCCAGAAGGACCCCUAAGAGAUCAAUGUUCACCCAACUUUUCUCUCUGCUAUUGUCAUCAUCCUGACUGUCCCGCUGCCUCUGAAAACAAACCGCCUAUUAUUUCUGCACAUCUGUCAGAUUUCUCUGCUGUGGGUGUAGUCUGAUGGAUCAACAUGUCUACCAAUAACAGCAUAGCCCAGGCCCGGAAGCUGGUGGAGCAACUGAGAAUCGAGGCCGGGAUGGAACGCAUUAAGGUCUCUAAAGCAGCAUCAGACCUUAUGAGCUACUGUGAGCAGCAUGCCCGUAGCGACGCCCUGCUGGUCGGGCUGCCCGCCUCAGAGAACCCCUUCAAGGACAAGAAGCCCUGCAUCAUCCUAUAGUCGCAAACACACGCACACUCACACACACACACACACACACUC